AUGCGUCACGGAAAUGGACUGCGAAAACUCAAUCGCACCAGCGAGCACCGCCAAGCGAUGCUACGCAAUAUGAUGAAUUCACUCAUCACCCAUGAGGCCAUCAAAACCACAUUGCCAAAGGCCAAAGAGCUGCGUCGUGUGGUCGAGCCCAUGAUCACUCUGGCUAAACAAUCUACAGUAGCGAAUCGCCGCUUGGCUUUUGCGCGUCUGCGCGACCAAGAUAGCGUUAAAAAACUCUUUGAUGAGUUGGGCCCACGCUACAAAACCCGUCCGGGUGGCUACACCCGUAUCUUGAAAAUGGGCUUUCGUGUAGGUGAUAACGCGCCUAUGGCUUUUGUUGAGCUGGUGGAUCGGCCUGAACCUGUUGCCGCUGCAGCGGUAGAGGAAAAAACAGCCUCUUGA